AUGCCCGUCACCGUCCCCUCUGCAGACUCCCUCCACGACCUCUUCAGCCUCAAAGGCAAGGUCGUGGUGGUAACCGGCGCAUCCGGCCCUCGCGGCAUGGGCAUCGAAGCAGCACGAGGCUGCGCUGAAAUGGGCGCCAACAUCGCCCUGACAUACUCGUCUCGCCCCGAGGGCGGCGAGCGCAAUGCCAAAGAACUAGCUGAGAAACACGGCAUCAAAGCCAAAGCCUACAAAUGCAAUAUCAGCAAGUGGGAAGAUGUACAGCAGCUCGUCGCUGAUGUGAUCAAGGACUUUGGCCAAAUCGAUGGCUUCAUCGCCAAUGCCGGUCGUACCGCCGACUCGGGCAUUCUCGAGGGCUCGGUCCAGGCUUGGGAGGAGGUCAUCCAAACCGAUCUGACAGGUACAUUCCACUGUGCCAAGGCUGUCGGUCCGCAUUUCAAGGAGCGUGGCAAGGGCAGUUUGGUCAUCACGGCCAGUAUGUCGGGCCACAUCGCCAACUUUCCGCAGGAACAGACCUCGUAUAAUGUUGCCAAGGCUGGAUGUAUUCAUUUCACAAAGUCGUUGGCCAACGAAUGGCGGGAUUUCGCACGUGUGAACUCGAUUUCACCAGGUUAUAUUGAUACUGGACUUUCCGACUUUGUGGCGCAGGAUAUUCAGGAUCUUUGGAACUCGAUGAUUCCUUUGGGACGAAACGGUCAGGCGAAGGAGUUGAAGGGGGCGUAUGUUUAUUUGAUCAGCGAUGCUAGUUCAUACACGACCGGGGCGGAUAUUAUCAUUGAUGGCGGUUAUACUGUACGAUAA